GUGGGGCAAGUGGGAGAAGAUUCCUCGGUGGAAGUGGAGGGGGUAUGCACAGACUUCGACCCAAACUGCAGGGAGAGGGCGGAUAAUGGCGACUGCGAGUCUGAUCCCGCCUACAUGAUCGUCUACUGCGCCAUGGCCUGCGAUUCCUGUUUGCCUCAGAGUCCCUCGGAAUGCCUCGAUAAGGGCGACAGUGACUCCUGUUACCUGGGAUCCCUCCUUGGGGAGUGCACUGCCAAUCCUUCCUACUACCUCAGGUUCUGCGCUGGAUCCUGCAGCGAGUUUCUGACAGUGUGCAGCCUUCAGACCAGGGACUUCGGAGAAGAAUGCGAAGAUGGCGGAAGGUCUCUCAGGUCUCCAGAAUUUGACUGUGGAACAGAUUUCGAGGAAAGGACCGUCGAGAGGGAUGCCCGAAAGAGCAGCUUCUUCAGUUUCAUGGCUGUUUACGACAACCCAGAUAAGCGUCCAUCUGUUAGACGUGGAAGAGAAGGUGCAGCUGGAUCUGUUGUUCCAAAGGGUGGGUCAGAGAGACGACGAGAUCGAAUACUGACAUCGCCUUCAGGGGACGAGAAGAAACCCAUCAUCACUGCCACCAAAGGAAACAGAAACAAGGAGCUUCGUAGGAAGGUAGAGAAACUUCGCGCCAAGAUUCAAACGGUGAAGAGGCAGAUACAUCAGAGGCAGAAAUCUUCGUCUGGUUUGCGCAAGAGAAGAAGGAAAAAGUCAAGGAAGAGUAAGAGAAUCACAUUUUUGUUUGUUUUCCAUUGCUAACGCUAUCAAUCACAAAGAGAACCAUUAUCCUUGAAAAUCAAUACUCUCAAGAAUCACUACUCUUGAUCACAUGUCCAUUGCAGAGACAAGGUAUAGGGGUUCCACCAAGAAGAAAGUUCAGUCACAGAGGACCACUGAAAAUUUGGCAGUAGGGGACUCAAACGCUCAGCACCUUGGAACACCUCUCAGACAAAACCUCGUAAUAGAAUCAGAGGAACCGUCAACUAUAACAAUAACAGUGUCAACAGUUACAAGUACAUCAACUGUUACUGGUUCCAUGGAAGACGCCACUAGCACAGAGAUCAAUGUCAUUGGUGUCAGCUCAACGUUAUGCACCAAAAAGAAAGAAUAUUGCACAUCCACAGUGUACGUAGACCCUCAAGAGAAAUCUAUACAAUUUGGAAGGUCUCCUCGGCAUUUAAGCAAGCCUGGUUUCCCAUUGAUCAAACCCACACAAGUUUUCAGUGUACCGGCAAUGACAAGUGUCGUCCUUGGCUCGUCUCUUAGACAAGCAGGGGAGUUUGAAUGUCCCGAGACUGUUAUUGUCAACGUUAGUUGCACCAGAGUAAAAGAAGCUUGCCAAACCUCCAGCGACGCGGGGACUUGCAAGAUCGAUUUACAGGAGGCAGAGGAUCCAGUCUGCUACCUUCCCUGUGAUCGUCAGUGUCAAAGUUUUGCGAUUGAAAGGAACUGCAACUGUAGCAGAGAAGACGAAGGAAGCUGUAAUGAUGUUAAUGUUGAUCUUAUUCCUUGUAAAACCGGCAUUGGUGAUCCCAGCUGCCCAACAGCGGUUAAAAUAGGUGGUUGUGUCAGCGCUGAUGGAGGAUGUCCAAAUCUGAACAUCACUUUGAAAGCUUCCGGUGGCCAAGAAAGGUGUGAAAUUCCAAAGCUCGAUUUUGAGGAAGAAGCGUCAGAAAACUGCACUUCCGUCAACAUUAUUGCUGACGUUGAUGAAACCAUGACACGGAGAAUAGAGUUUCAAGACCGAGGCUGCCUGAAGAUCUCCCCGGAAUUUGGAAGGUGCCCAACACUGCUGCUGAGAGAUGUGAAUUGCUUAGACGUCGUUAUUGGAGAUGUGCUGUGCCCAACGCGGCAGCCUCAGAACGAGGCCCAGUGCACAGUCGUCCUAGCAAGAAGGCUGAAAAAGCUCAUUGUGACACCAGUCCCAUGUCCCCCACUUCCUUCUCCUCCCACUCCUCUUCCUCCCCCUCCUCCUCCUCCAAACGCAACUGGUAUAGUUGAAUUCCUUGAGCAAGCUGCACCCAUCGCUGGUGCUGCAGUAGCUGGUGCUGCAGCAGCUGGUGCUGCAGUAGCUGGUGCAGCUUUCGUAGCCUUCCAGGCUGCCCUCCAACAAGCGCUCCAACAGCAGGCGCAGGCAGGGCAAGGAGGUCAGGCAAAUGCAGAUUCACAAAGCAGUCAAAAUACCAAUCAGAAUAACCAAAACAAUCAGCAGAGCAAUAACCAGGACAGCAACACUCAAACCAGUAAUAACAACCAAAACAACCAGGACAGCAAUCAGGAUAGCAGUCAAGACAGCAAUCAGUCUGGUGAUCAAAACGACCAAAAUGCUGAGAGUGGCAGUCAAGCCACUUCACUGGAUACCAGCGCAGGAUUAAACCAGAGCCCAGGCCUGGGCUCAGCUGCAGAAGGCAAUUUUACGGCAGCAGCAGCAGGCUUCUCCAUCGUCCUGUUCCCAAACUGUGAUGGUGACGGCUCCAUCUCCCUGGGAGAUGAGCUGCAAGAAUUUGUUGGCCAGAAUACCGGAAGACCUCUCUCGCCAACUGCCUUCUCCAGGGUUGUCAGAAUCGUCGAUGCUCUGAACUUCUGUCUGUAUGGUGGCAGAGACAGGCCCCCUGCAAUGGCUAGGCGUAUUUCAUUUACUGAUGUCGAGUUUGAUCCCCCAGCCGAAUGGCAAGGGUUGAGUUCUCCGAUAAGUAGCACGAAAAGGAAGAGGCAGACCAGAACUAAAACGGGAGAAAAUGAAUCCAAACAAAGACACCCCAAGGUCAAACCACGAGGACACAACUUAGGUCUAAAAACACGGUUAAUUCUCGGCAAUCACUGGUCUCACAGAUACCCUGAAAUCCUUUAUGGCGGGUGGGAACCCAUGAUAGGCCCCAGGCGGCCCAGUCUGGAACCCUGGAACAAAGGAAUUCAAGCCUCCAGCGGUUUAGGAAUUCACCAUUUUAAGAACGGGAUCAAAGAGACGAAGACUCUCAAUGAAGUAGUGACUGGUCAGCGCAGCCCACCUCGAGGUAAUCAUGAAUCUUACCUGCCCCCCGGGCCAGUUCUGUUUCACGACGAAGUUCCAGGGGUCUCUUUCACGGAAGAUGGACACGGAACUGAAUCUGGAAUGAAUGGUACCAUCAGUGACCCUGAAUCUUCUCAUGUAACUUUGCACGCUGUCAAUAAUGAUAAUGUUGGUGUUGGCAUAGAAGAAAACGAUGACCUAGAUGCAGGAGAAGACCAAGAGAAGGAUGUUGAAGUUGAUGCCGAAGAAGGCGAAGAAGAAGAAGAUGAGGAAGUAGAAGAAUUAAGCGACGAGAGAAAAAUAUUCUUCUGUGGUGGCACACUCAUCACUGCAAGGCACAUCCUUACUGCAGCCCAUUGUGUCAUUCCAAAAAGACCCAACGUGAUCCGGUUGGGCGAGAAGGAUUUUGGCAGCGCAAACGAGAGCAAAAUCGUCGAUUACAACGUGACGAGGAUUUCCGUCUUCCCGCGCUACAAAUUUCCACUCAAAUACAACGAUAUCGCCAUCAUCACGCUGGAUAGAGACGUACCUGCCCGGUCUGGUUUUGGUCCAAGUUGCGUCCCGCCGUCCAAGUUGGAUCUGAUGGAAGGAGACGAGGCGACGGUCUUUGGCUGGGGAACUAGGCCUAAUACUCCUGCGGCGGACGUCCUGACGAAUGUGGAGGUCCUGGUGCGCUCCCUCCAAGGAUGCAACGACUCGUACGCGUCCCUGGGAGCGCAGUUCACCUUCUGCUAUCCCGACGGACUCACGCCCGACAUGUUCUGCGCCAGUGGCGAUGACGGGGAAGACGUUUGUCGGGGCGACUCGGGAGGCCCUCUCUUCCUGAAGGAGAACCUGCUGGUAGCGGGCGUGGUCAGCUCCGGCUUCGGCUGCGGUGACAGCCGGUUCCCUGGACUAUACACGAGAGUAGACAGUUACCUGAAUUGGAUGGACCUCGCCGUGUAUGGCAGAUGCGCGCGCGCAGGCGGACGAGGAUGAGAACGAGUGCGCGGAUAUGAACAAGUGCUCACAGUUGGCCGGGUCAAUGCGAUGCAGAGCGAUCUUCAAUAGGGUGGUUUAGGGUGGGCGGGGCGUAUAGUCACACAUAGACCUACUAUUCUGUGAUGAUUUAUAUAACGUUGAAUAUAUUCCUAGGCCGGAAUAUUUAACGAUAUUAUCAAAAUAUACAACAUUUACCACAUGUAUGUGUGUUCGUACAUACACGAAAGCAUUUUACUUAUGGACUAAAGCUUCCAAAAAAGGUCUUUCGUGCAAUUUGAGAAAUAUUCACAUCUGCUGGAUUUGUCGCUAUUUGAAUAUUACUUUUGUCAGUUAAUGGGAAGUAUAUAGUACGCCUAUUUGCAUCAUGUAUUAUGUUAUGUAUGUGCGUUCGUGCUUUUUUUUUCACAAAUAGGCAUUUUCAUUCUUUACAUUAUCUUUGGUAUAAAUAUUAUUUAUGUUGUUGCGAGGAUGCAUUUAACCUAAAAAAAAUUGUGAUAAUUGUAACUAUGGCGCCCAAUUUUCAAGUCAUACGUUCUAGCCCUUAAUAAAAAAAAAUAAAGGAUUGAAUAAUU